GGUGGGUUAGGUACACCCGAGGAGAUGUGUAUGGACUUCUUGUUCUACUAUCCGAAAUUCAACCUGGCCAACUGUGACAGCAGGCCUUCUGUCAGCAGAACACUCAGCUUCGUAGGAGUGGAAGACUAUAAAAGUGAUCCUUUCCAAGUCCUGGCCCCGCCCAGUUUGGUGAACAAGACGUAUGAGGAACUGGUGGAGGGGUUCCAGUGGACAGCUGAGAGGGCGGAACAGUUCUCUUCGUACCUCAUGGACGGAAACUUCAGCACUUUCUGCUUUGGUCAUGGCAACUUCACGGGCGAUUUC